GUGUAUAUCUUGAUAUUCUGCCGGAAUUUCUAGUUUGCCGUUGCUUCUCGCUGGAUUUCCAUUAUUCUACUUUUUAUUUUUCCUUUUUUUUGUUGAUCACUCUUCGAGUUCUCUAUUUAAUCCGAUCUUCUCCCGAUCCCGGUUUCCUGUAGAAAGCAUGAAUCUUUGGUACUAAAUCAAGGGUUGUGCUUCUUUCCCUCGGGUCAUUCUGAAAAAUUUGGAGUCUGUUGGUCUGCCGGGUUCUAAGGAUUAGGGAGCUUUAGGAGCGAUUGAGGUUCUUUGGUAUUUUUGCCUUGCAAUGGAGGGAAUGUUGUCUGCAAGUGACCAACAGAGGUUGGUCUCUUCGUUCCUUGAGAUCGCUGUCGGACAGACCGCCGAUACCGCCCGGCAGUUCUUACAGGCAACUAGCUGGAAACUUGAGGAAGCAAUCCAGCUCUUUUACGUUGGAAGCGAAGGUGGCAUGCUUCCAUCUCAGCCACAAUCCAUUGCGAACCCUGUGGCUGAUCAGUCAUGGUGGGGAGCAUCAAACAUAGCCGAUGAAAACAUACCACAGAAUGAUGCAUCAGACGAAGUCCGCCCUCCUUUACCAGUGGUGAGAGAGACCCUUUAUGGCGACUCGAUGUAUUAUGGGGCUGUGAGGCCAGGGAAUUCUGGGCAAGAGUCAAAUUCUUUGGUUGCAUUCCGUAACUUUGGCGAUGAGGCAAAACGCCCUGGGGUUUGGGAACCAGACCAGGGAGCUUCCUCUGCAUCAGCCUCGGGAUCUGAGGUGGCCACUCCUCGAGACAGCUUGGCCUCAUUGUACCGUCCUCCUUUCCACCUGAUGUUUAGCGGAUCAUUUGAACAGGCUAAAUCAGCUGCUUCUGCUCAGGAUAAAUGGCUUAUUGUCAAUCUGCAGUCUACAACGGAGUUUAGCUCCCAUAUGCUUAAUCGAGACACAUGGGCAAAUGAGGCUGUUUCCCAAACCAUCAAAGCCAACUUCAUUUUCUAUCAGGUCUAUGAAGAUACAACGGAGGGUAGGAAGGUUUGCACAUAUUACAAGCUUGAAUCCAUUCCUGUGGUGCUUGUAAUUGAUCCGACCACUGGCCAAAAGAUGCGUCUGUGGUGUGGAAUGAUUGAUCCAGAGAGAUUGCUAGAGGAUUUGGUACCGUUCAUGGAUGGCGGCCCUCGGGAACAUCUUGUUGCUUUAUCUAAGAAGCGCCCAAGAGCCAGUUCAUUGACUCCUCAUUCAAAAGCCAAAGUGGAUAUCACGAAUGAAGAAGAUGAGGAACUGCAACGGGCAUUGGCUGCUUCACUGGAGAACAUGGAAGAAUCAUCAGAGGAAGCAGCCAUACCCGAGGAGCAAACCUCGACAUUGCCUGAAAAAGACGAAACUUUUUCAUCAAACGCCAUGCCCACAUACCCACCAUUGCCAGAAGAGCCAAAGGGGGACCGAAGCAUUCUAUGCAGAGUCGGUGUUCGUCUUCCCGAUGGGCGGAGGCUCCAGAGGAACUUCCUCAAAACCGAUCCUAUCCAGCUUCUGUGGUCGUUCUGCUAUUCCCAGAUGGAGGGAUGGGAGAGGAAGCCAUUCAAGCUGACGCAGGCGAUCCCUGGUACGGCGAACACUCUCGACUAUGAGUCUAUCUUAACGUUCGAGCAAUCUGGCCUCGCCAAUUCCAUGAUUUCCGUUACUUGGGAGUGAUGUCUUUGUUUUGUUUUUUUUUUUAUCUUGUUUGGUUUUUCUGUUCUGUUGUACGAGACAUUUUUGUUCAUAGUUUUCUCUCUCUACAUUUCUCAAUAUGAAAAAUUGAUGACUGCUCGACCAUAGGGGAAUUAUUUGUUUAAGAUUAUUAUCCAAUUUCUUUUACUCA